ACUUAUGAAGGCGUGAUGGAAGCACCAAAGGUUAUUUGAUAUUCACAAGAAAUUUUAACAUUUUCAGCACCAUGAGUUGCUUCAAUGGCAAAAUGCGGGAGUACAGAAAUAUCUCUUUAGAUAGAUUUGACGGCCUGAACUUAAGAUCAACAGCAUACUUCCUAUCUCACUGUCACUGUGAUCACAUGCAAGGACUUGGUGCUGUAGAAUUUAUUGAAAGGUUGUCCUCAAGAAAUGACAUUUUUCUUUACUGCUCAGAGAUCACAAAAAUUCUGCUUAUGGAGAAACAUCCUAAAUUAGAGAAGUUUGUUAGAACACUACAAGUGGCUGAACCCAUAGUCAUUCCAAUCCCAGAACCAGACUCAGCUAAAAAAGACGAGGUGACAGUGACUCUGAUACACGCCAGUCAUUGCCCGGGAUCUGUCAUGUUUCUGUUUGAGGGAUUUGAUGGGACUGUGUUGUAUACAGGUGACUUCCGAUGGGAAUCUGACCAAGUUAUGAAAAUACAGGCACUCCAUGUAGACCAGAGAGUGAAACCUUUGGUCAGUCUGUAUGUGGACACCACGUUUUGCCACCCCAACUGUUUCUCUAUUCCCUCCCGUCAGACCAUUAUCAGUGCUGCGUGUGACCUAGUUAAGGAGUGGACUGCCAAGGGGGAUAACUACGUUGUCCAUUUCACCCCCAGGGCUAACUAUGGGCAUGAACCCCUGCUUAAAGAGGUUGCCCAAGCCUUAGGAUCUAAGGUUCAUGUCAGAAGGGAUAAAGAGGACAUUUAUAAUCGGAUUUCAGAACUACGAGGAAUAUUUACAUCUGAUUCUGCAGCCACACCUAUCCAUGCUUGUGGAGGGAGAGUUUAUGGCGAAGUCCCUAGCCUCCCGUGUGACAGGAAAAAUAAGAACUUGAAGGUUAUGGUCAUUCUCCCCUCCACAAUGUUUUUCACCCAGUCAUUCCGCUUGAGUGAGGACGAGAUCGUCCUCCGUGACAAGGGAAUAUACCGCAUCUGUUACUCCUUCCAUUCAUCCAUGCUUGAGGUGCGUGACCUAGUGACCUACUUACAGCCUAGAUGCGUGUUUCCUAAUGUCAAACCAGCAGAGGAUGCCAGUUUAGCGCAGGUGCAAAGACGAUUAAAUGAGUUUUUGAAGCUAAAGCACGGCUCUCAUGUGAAAGACCAACUGGAUACACAGCGCCCUCUAGGAUUAUUGAAACAAUCCUUCAAGAGGAAAAAACACAGCGUUUCCGUGGGCUCAAGUGAUUCAGAAGAACUUUUGUUUGGAAGCCAGAUUUCUUUCUCCCCCAAAAAGCGGAAAACACUUUCUGCAUCACCUGCUAAGAAUAGAAUCACAGAGAAAAUGGAGGAUGAGGAGGAAUAUCAGAGUUCUUAUGAGGGCAGUCGUCAUAGUGACAGUGAGAUGAGUGGAAUUUGUGAAUCAGAUGAGGAAGAUAGAAAAGAGAAUUCCCAGACACUAUCCACACCAAGACAAAGUUUACUGGAGGCCAUCAACUCCCAGAAAAGCAGCCAAUCAGAAAGCUUGUCUCAUAGGAUUGUUGUGUAUGAUGAUUGUGAACAGACAGAGGGAAAAGCUCUCUCAUUGGAGGAAGUCAAUCAGCAACACCAAGAUGAUGAUGAGGAAAGUUAUAAGGGUGAAUCAGAUCACAAUGAAAACAAUACGACUCUAGGAUUAGAAACUGUAAAUGGUGACAGAGAGAGUGCUGAUCCAUCAAAGCUUAACACAACAGAAGAUGAUGAAGGGAAUUUAAAAGCUGGUGAGUUCGUAGAGGGUAAAACUGCAGCAGGAAGUUUAGAGUCAAACAAGCAGACAGGAAGUUUAGAGUCAAACAAGCAGACAGGAAGUUUAGAGUCAAACAAGCAGACAGGAAGUUUUAGUGGGAGCAAUGAUUUAUUUGAUGAGAAAUCUGAUGAGAAGUGCAAUAUUUUGAGUGAUAAUGGCAGCAGUGUGUGUGAUUUACACAUCUCUCCUAGUGACUGUGAUAAUCAAUCAAAUUCAUUAUCGGUAACUCCUAAUUUAACCCAAGGAUCAAAUAAUGGCAUUGUCUGUGAUAUCCAAGAAUCUCAGGGAUUUAAUACUCAUGUAAUGGACGAUGAUAAAGUGGAAUUAACUCAUUUUUCUGAUAACGAUGACACUGAGAAAAAAAUUAAACUGAAUGAUUUUACAAACAAUGUGAUUAUUAUUACAGAUGAAAGUGUUUCUUCCAAAGAGGAUUAUUGUUCAAGAUGUUCCUCUCAGGAAUCAAAGAUCUCCAUUAAUGACACAGUGGAAAAGAAGCCUGAAAAUGAAAAAGAUAUUACUAUAAGUAAUGGUCAGAAAAAUGUGACUGGAAAUUCUAAAAAUAGAGAAUUCCUGGAUGAUGUUGAGGUUGAGGAUUCUGAUGAUGAUGUGGAAGUAGUUGAGAUGUCUACCACUGUACAACAGACAAGCACCAGUUUAGGGGAUGUUCCAGGGAGGAGUACCAGUUUACAAGAGGAGUCGGACAGUGAUGCCACACUACCACCAAGUCAGAAUUCCUACUCAGAAUCGCCACUCAAACACAAAAGAUCUGAAACAGAAAACUGUGUGGAAAUUAUUGAAACAGAAACUGAAAAUUAUUCUCAUUGUGCCAAUAAGACACCAAGAAAACUUUAUCAGUCUUCUAUUGAUUGUUAUAUUUCACCGUCCAAAGAUUCUCCAGAAAAGUGUAGUCCUAGCAUUGUUAAAAGAAGGAAGAAAUCUAAUGGCUGGCUGAAUGCCAGUCACAGGAAGUUAGUGUAUGUUAGUGAGGAGGAGGAGUGUAGUGGGAAUGACAAAGUGGUGGAUCUAACAAUAAGUAGUGAUGAAGACAGCUAAAAAAGUGGUGGAUCUAAUGAUAAAUAGUGAUGAAGAUGUGGAUCUAACAUAAAGUAGGGAUGAAGACAGACAACAAAGUGGUGGAUCUAACAAUAAGUAGUGAUGAAGACAGCUAAAAAAGUGGUGAAUCUAAUGAUAAGUAGUGAUGAAGAUGUGGAUCUAACAUUAAGUAGGGAUGAAGACAGACAACAAAGUGGUGGAUCUAACAAUAAAUAGUGAUAAAGAUGUGGAUCUAACAUUAAGUGGAUGUGAAGUCAUGGACUGUAUAUUUAGUGGUGAUAAAAACACACUUUUGAAGUGAUGGAGCUAGCAUUAAGUGGUGAUGAAGUCACCUACUUUAGUGGUGGAUCUAAUUUCUUGAGUUCUUCCUACUUUUAGCAGAGAUGAAAACAGCUAUUAAGAUAUUGGUGGAUCUCAGUUUACUAGUGAUGGAGACAGCUGAGGAACAAAGAAUCACAAGAUGGGAAAAGAAAUCAAUUGUAUCACUACUGUGAAUAAUCCGAUAGAUAUGUCUGAUUUAUUUGUUGUUUUGUUAAAUUGUUUGAUUGGUUGUUUGUGUUUUUUAAUUUUUCUUAAAGAUUUUUAAACUUUCAUCUACAGUGUCCCAGUGAUUAUCAACUACCUCACGCAAUUUGAUGCAUAUAUUAUUAUCUAUCAUGUAUAAAAUACAGAUUAAUUAAUUAUAUGGUCAUACAUUUUUAUGACGAUAUAUAUCAUGUACCUGACUACAUGAUGUAUGGUAAAUUAUUUUUGUAAUUAUCCUCUAAUUGCAUUAUUGUAUCAAACAUAAACUUAAAUUUGGAAUUUUUCACUUUUUUAUGAAUUCAUGAACAAUUCAUUUAUGUUCUAGUCAAAUAAAUUCAUUUCACUGACACAUGUAGGCAUUAAAUAUGUGAACAACAGAAUUGUGGUUGGUUAACAUUUUUUGGAAUUGAUAAUAUCCUGUUUUUUUAUAUCUCCUCGCAACAAAGUUGGAGGGAAUAUAGUAACGCAGUUUGUCCUUGUGCGAAACGGAAGUGACGUAAUUUGCAUCGGGAUCGAUGUUGAAUGCUGUCUUGAUUUAUAGAUAUGCUCUUUGUGAGGGAUGCUCUGCUUUGCGGUGCCCUUGUUAUAGGGAUGAUUAUAAUCUUUAGAUGUCACCUUCUGGAUGGAUGAUGAAAAAGGCAAAGAUAAACUGUGAUCAAAACAAAUCAUGAACAUGUCAAAAACAUGACAUGCUUUAUCUGAAUGGGUGAUAUAAAUGCUGCUUUUAUGAAAGAAAAAAAUGUCUCUUGGAUCUCAAACUUCAUUAUACCCCACGCAACAAGUUGCGGGGGGUAUAAUGUUUUGGACCCGUCCGUCAGUCAGUCAGUCAGUCAGUCCGUCAGUCCUUUUUUUGUCAGCGCAACUCCUCAUAAACCGCUGCACAGAAUUUGGUCAAACUUUGCAGAUAUUUAGGACACAAUAUGUAGAUAUGCACAUUACCAGGAAAUUCCGAUUCCUUUAUUAUUUCUGGGAAUUUUGGCACUUUUUAACUUAGAUUUUUGGCCAUAUCUUGAACAUAGAGAUGAACAGUUUGUCAGCGCAACUCCUCUUAAACCGCUGCACAGAAUUUGGUCAAACUUUGCAGAUGUGUAGAUGUGCAUACUAGUAUUACCAGGAAAUUACGAUUCCUUUAUUUUUCUGGGAAUUUCGGCACUUUUCAACUUAGAUUUUUGGCCAUAUCUUGGAUAUAGAGAUAAACAGUUUGUCAGCGCAACUCCUCUUAAACCGCUGCACAGAAUUUGAUCAAACUUUGCAGAUAUUUAGUACACAGUGUGUAGAUGUGCAUAUUUCCAGGAAAUUCUGAUUCCGUUAUUUUUGCCCUAAGAGUUUUGCCUUUUAUUGAAGAAACUUUCCAGCUAGGUAAUAAGGAAAUCCACUGGAGUCAGCUUUUGUAAUGAAAUUUUAUGUGAAAUUAAUAUUUUAUGACCUUAAAAGACCCCUGUUGAUUUUGAGAUCAAAAUAUUAAUGAUUUAACACACACACACGAAAUCUUGGAUAGUUCUCUCUCCCCCCUCCUCAAAUUGGUGCUUUGCCUUAAAUAAUUUCAUGAGUACAGUAUAUAAACAAAUUCAUAUGACUACAUCAUAAUUUUGUUUCCAUCAAUUAUUUAAAUGUGUAAAUUGUCAUGUGUUGGACAUGGACUUACACUCAUUAACAAAUCGAAAUCGCUGAGGAAUUUAAAUAACAGUUUGUCAGCAUAACUCCUGCACUGAAUUUCCUGAAACUUUGUAGGUAUUUCUGACAUAAUGUAUAGAUUUGUAUAUUACCAAGAAAUUUUGAUUCCAUUAUUUAUCUAGAAACUUCAGCCCAAUUAAAUUUGUAACAUACAAAGAUUUGAAUGUCCUUAUAUGCAAGAAGUUUUGAUGUGAUGAUUUUUUGAAUUAUACUGUGUAUUAAUUUAAAGUGCACUGUGCCAUUCAUUACCUGUUGCAUUGUCGAGUUGUGGGGGAGCUUGGGGUAUGUGAACUUGCUCACUUUUUCUUUCAUUGUAUUAUGCAUAAAUCAUUGUUAUUUCAACAACCGAAGAACUUAAUUGUUAGAAGUUUUAAAAUUGAAGCAAAUUAUCUAGAUCUUCAGCCAUUUACUUUUAUCAAAAACCUUGCUAUGGAGAAAAACAUUUUCAUAAUGCUGCAACCCUUUCCUUGAAGCAUAAUUCAUGAAAUGAAAUUGCAUGAUGCUUCUUUACAUAAUCAUGUUUUGACUGAUAGUUGCUCAGAUAUUUUGUACAUUUUUCAGUGUUUUUAUAAAUGUAUAAAUUUUUCAAAUUGAUGCAUAUACUCAAUGUGUCCCCAACAAUACCUCAGCAGAUUGCAACUUUUAGCUAACUAGAAUGUUGGAAUGCUUGGGCAAGUUAUGAGGUAUGAAUCCUUUUCAGGACCACGUACCACGCAAUGUGCUUACAUCUGUGAGAGUUAUUUAUCAUCAUCAUGUCAUAACUGUAAACUUUGAGCACCUG